GGGCUGAGGCGAGGGCUGGCUGUAGCUGUUAAGAGUUUAAGCCAAUCAGCCCCCGGCUCCACUUCUCUCUACCAAUAGAAAGUAGGCUAAGGCGCAGAGGCGGAAAGUGUGGCUACAUGAGCAGGCGUCGGAGCCAAUCAGCCGUGAGCCUCGUUCCCGUCGUCCAGCCCGCGGCGAGAGCGGGUAUGUGGGCGGGAGGCCGGGGCAGCUGUCAGACUAAAGUCGGGAGAGCGACGCGCGGCGGGGCGGCGGUAGGAAACGCGGCGCCGGGCCGGGCCCUGGAGAUGGUCCCCGGCGCCGCGGGCUGGUGUUGUCUCGUGCUCUGGCUCCCCGCGUGCGUCGCGGCCCACGGCUUCCGUAUCCAUGAUUAUUUGUACUUUCAAGUGCUGAGUCCUGGGGACAUUCGAUACAUCUUCACAGCCACACCUGCCAAGGACUUUGGUGGUAUCUUUCACACAAGGUAUGAGCAGAUUCACCUUGUCCCCGCUGAACCUCCAGAGGCCUGUGGGGAACUCAGCAACGGUUUCUUCAUCCAGGACCAGAUUGCUCUGGUGGAGAGGGGGGGCUGCUCCUUCCUCUCCAAGACUCGGGUGGUCCAGGAGCACGGCGGGCGGGCAGUGAUCAUCUCUGACAACGCAGUUGACAAUGACAGCUUCUACGUGGAGAUGAUCCAGGACAGUACCCAGCGCACAGCUGACAUCCCCGCCCUCUUCCUGCUCGGCCGAGAUGGCUACAUGAUCCGCCGCUCUCUGGAACAGCAUGGGCUGCCAUGGGCCAUCAUUUCCAUCCCAGUCAAUGUCACCAGCAUCCCCACCUUUGAGCUGCUGCAACCACCCUGGACCUUCUGGUAGAAGAGUUUGUCCCACAUUCCAGCCAUAAAUGACUCUGAGCUGGGAAGGGGAAACCCAGGAAUUUUGCUAUUUGGAAUUUGGGGAGAGCAUCUGGGGACAAGUGGAGCCAGGUAGAGGAAAAGAGUUUGGGCAUUGCUAGGCUGAAAGGGAAGCCACACCACUGGCCUUACCUUCCCCAGGGCCCCAAAAGGUGUCUCAUGCUGCAAGGAGGGGUAAAAGACAGGCCCCAGGGCUUCUGGCUAAAACCUGAAACAAAAGGAGCUGAAGGUAGGCAGCCUGAGAGCCAUCUGUGACCUGUCACACUCACCUGGCUCCAGCCUCCCCUACCCAGGGUCUCUGCACAGUGACCUUCACAGCAGUUGUUGGAGUGGUUUAAAGAGCUAGUGUUUGGCGACUCAAUAAACCCUCACUGACUUUUUAGCAAUAAAGCUUCUCAUCAGGGUUGCAA